AGGUCAAUUGCCCCUUUGCCGUCCUGCCCCGGUGGAAUAAAUACAGCUGUGUCCCUUGCGCCUGCAGGCAGUCCCCCUGUCCACCUGCUGCUGAAACCAUGCUCCGCCUCAGACUCAGCCUCACACUGUCAGCCUGUUGGCUCCUGACAGCAGCGGCUUCGUCAGAAAGAGUGGUGACCUGUGAAGAUGGCUCCAAUGUCCAACGUCUAAGCUGUGAAACCGGGGUGAUCAGCGUGCAGACAGCUCUGUAUGGACGUGCCGACGGAGAGACGUGCAGCGACGGCAGACCCACUCAACAGCUGAUCAAUACCCACUGUUCGCAACAGGGGACUCUGGACAUCCUCAGGAGAAGGUGCGAUGCCAAGAAGGUGUGUGAGCUGAACAUAAACACCGUCCAUAAUCCUGAUCCCUGCCACGGCACCUUCAAAUAUUUGGAGACCGUCUACACCUGCCAACCAGCAAAUUACCUGCUCAUAUGUGAGCAUUCUUUGGCAACCUUACAAUGUGGUCAAGGGCAGGUCAUACAAGUGUACGGGGCGGAUUAUGGACGCCGCGACCGGAUAACGUGCUCUUACGCACGUCAUGCCUCUCAGGCCCAGAAUGUCGACUGCUCAAGUCCCACUGUGAGAGUGGCUGAAAGCUGUAAUGGGAGAAACAGCUGUACCAUCAGAGCGAGCAACUCCAUGUUUGGAGACCCCUGUGUCGGCACCUACAAGUACUUGGAGGUGGCUUAUGUGUGUCAAUAUCCGAAAUCGCUGUAAAAUCUGAAUAUUCUUUUGAACAGAUAAUGCAAAUGAAAGAUACUGAUCAUUUUCUUCUGCACCUUUGAACCCAUAUCAAUUUGUUUUUUAUUCAAUUGCACUGUAAUUAAUUGAACUAAGUUCCCAUUGUUUUAAUGCAUUUCUAUGCCUUAGGCAAAGUUACUUCUCUUGCUUUUGUAUUUGAAAAGGGCCUUACAAAUAAACUUGCCUUGUCUUGCAUCA